AUGGAUACAAUGAAAUUCAUAAUUAAAACUUCAUUUGGUUUAUUUAUUUUACUUGUUUUGGUUGAUGCAGAUGUUGGAAAGUCAAAUAUAAAUUUUGAUGAGCAGUGUCAGGCUCGUAAAUGUAAUCCAUUGACAGAAAUCUGUCGUAUAAAUCCAAAAUGUGAUGAUAGUAAUCAAGAUGAUGUAUCAAAAUGUGUUUAUUGUGUUUUAAAAAAUGAUUUAAAUCAAAAUACGGUUUCUAAAACUUUACUUGCCUCAUCAAUCGCACAACAACAACAACAACAACAACAACAACCAUUAGCACCUCGUUUAUUAGCGAAAUCAGGUGGUACAAGGUUAUUAGCUGAUAAUCGUGGUGGUCCAUUGUCAUCUUCUACUACAAAAGCAACAUCAAGCUCAAAUAAUAAUAAUAAUAAAACAUCUGAUGAAUUGUCGUAUGAUGAUUAUUAUGAAUAUGAUGAAGAUGAAACAUCAGAUAAAAAUGAAUUUGGUGAAGAAGACGAAUAUCUUGAUGAUUAUGCUGAACCAUUAGAUUCUGUUGUUCAAGGACUUGAACCUAUUCGUAAAUUAGGUCUUUGUCCGAAAGUUGUUGAAGCUAUUGGUGAUUGUGAUCCAUCGAAAAUUAUUCAAUCUGAUUGUCGUUUUGAUACUGAUUGUUUGGGUGAUCAAAAAUGCUGUGAAGCAGCAUGUGGAAAACGUAUUUGUAAUUCACCUAUUACAAAACGAUUAAAAAAUAAUGAUUCACAAUCUUCUUUUCUUUUUUUUUCAGCAAGUAUUUCUGUUUGUCCAUCGACAUUUACAUGUGCACUUAAUUGUCAUCUUGGAUAUCGAACUGAUUCUAAUGGAUGUCUUCUAUGUGAAUGUCAAUCAUGUCCAUCAAUGAACCAAUGCAAUAAAAAUUGUCCAUCGGGAUAUUUAAAAGAUUUAUUUGGUUGUGAUAUGUGUGAAUGUAGUGAUCAAUGUCCACCGUUUUCUUGUGGUAUUCUUUGUCCAGCUGAUGUUGGUUUUGAAAAAGCUGCUGAUGGCUGUCCAUUAUGUCAAUGCGCAACCACAAAAUCAAAACCAACAGAAUAUACAUCAUCUUGUCAAAGUGAUGUGCAUUGUCCGCCAGGUUUUCGAUGUCUUAAUGAUGCACGUAAUGUGCCUAUGUGUCAAGCAGUUUCUGAACCUAUUGCUCCAUCACAACCAGAUGAAUGCCCAUUAUAUAAAUGUGUAGCUGAUUGUGGAGAUGCUGGUUAUGUACUUGAUGAAAAAGGUUGUCGAACAUGUGAAUGUGUAUCAAAAGCUGCAAAAGAUGUUGCAUCAAAACCAUAUGUUGAAUGCUCACGUGUAAUGUGUCGUAUGCAUUGUGUUUACGGUUUUAGUCGUGAUGAAAAUGGAUGCGAGAUUUGUAAAUGUAAUAAGUCUCCACAGCCAUGUCCUCGAUACAACUGUGAAAAAACAUGUUCAAAUGGUUAUCGAAAAGAUUAUAGUGGUUGUCAAACAUGUCAAUGCGAAUGUCCAUCAUUAGCUUGUACAAAAACUUGUACAAAAGGUUAUAAAAAAGAUGAAAAUGGUUGUCCAACGUGUUCAUGCGUAGAUGAUGAAACAAAACCAAUAACUGAUGAUGGUUGUUCACCAAUGAAAUGUAAUUUAGAUUGUAAAUAUGGUUUUGAACGUGAUCGAUCUGGUUGUCAAAUGUGCUCAUGUAAUCGCUGUCCAUUACAUGCAUGUCGAAUGUUCUGUAUGUAUGGGUUUAAAAAAAAUAGUGAUGGUUGUGAUGUAUGUGAAUGUGAUUGGACACCCAUUUCAGAAAAUAUUACAUGUAGUAUGAGAUUUCCAUGUACGGGUAAUCGUGUAUGUAAUGUAAAUUUGAAAUUAUGUGAAUUAGUAAGGCCGGAUAAAGUAAAUUGGUUUGUUUAUGAUUUUGAUAUUGAAACGAAUUUUUUCAAUGAUCCUAAAUUUGUUAAUGCAUUUAAAAAUGGUUUAAUUAAUAAUAUUGCAACGAAAUAUAAUUUAGAACUAACACAAAUAACUGUAUCAUCAGUUGAACAUAAUGGUAUGACAUCAUUUCAAAUAAUGCCAUUUUAUGUUGAAGAUAUGGAGGAUUUCGAAAAGAAAAUGGAUCAAAUCGAUAAUGAUUUAAAUUCGCAUGAAUUUCGUAAAGUUUUACCAGCUGUUGCACGUGUAAUAGAAAAAGAUACCAACCAUCCACAUGAUUCGAAAUGGAAUCAUUUUGUUAAAAAAAAUUCACUUUUUACACUUUACGUAGCUGGUAUUUUACUUGGACUUACUGCACUUAUUAUUGCUGUAAUAUUUGUUCUCAUAUUCCGUCAACGUGUCAAGUAUCCAGGUCGUUCAGAAUCUAAAACACCUAUAUAUGAUACAUCGUAUCAACCAGCAGCAACAGAAGAUGAUCUUUAUCAUGCUGUACAUGCACCAGAUGGUACAGCAUAUGUUGUCGUUGAAAGUGACGAUAUUCAAGCAACCAACGAUAAACGAGCACUUGUUUAA